AUGUGGCGUCCUUCGAUCCUAGAUGAGAGGGAUGGGUCCCUUUUCGAAGUCAAAGACCGCGAGUUGCACUCUGUAUCAGCCGGUUUCGUGGCUUUAUUAAAGUUGUUCCUUUUCAGGGGUAGCAGAUGCAGAAAUAAGAACAGCUACCAACAAAGUGAACCUUUCCUCUGGGCGUCGCUCCAUGUUGAUGCGCUCGAGCUGAUCGGUGACCGAGUUCUCGCUGGUGACUUGCUGGACUACAUCUGGUUUCGGGCCUCUUGCAAGCAUUGGCGCGCCUCCACUCCUUGCCCGCUUGGUUGUGGCUUGGUUGACCCACGCUUUCAACCGCGGCAAUGGACGAUGUUUCCGGAGGGCAGCGGGCUUCACCCGGGCCACCCUGCAUUUGGCGGCUACAUCCGUGUUCUCAACAUCUACCUUGCUUCCACACCAUGCUCGACUUCAUGCCCAGGCAGCCUCCUCCUCCUGCAGCGCAACAAGGACGCCGAGUUUCCACACCUUGCUUCCCUCUGCUUGUACAUGAGUAAGUUUGGGAUCUUCCUGAUUGGCCCUUACGAUCUUCGGCUACGGAUGGCCCACGCAGCUGUCUCUAUCGAUGCGGGUGGCACUAUUACUGUCAUGCUCGCGCCCAGCCAUCUCGAGCGCAUGGUGUAUGCAUCCAGUGGCGGACCCAGGAAUUGA